CAGUGUCCCAUGUGAUUGAGCGAUGUCUAUACCGCCGUAUAUGAUUCCGCCCAACGCCUGGGCCGCCCAACUGAUAGCCCAGCAGCAGGCGUACGCGGCGGCCCAUGCACAGCAUGCUCAGCUGCAUGCCCAGCAGCAGAUGGCUAACCAGAUACAGCAAAUCCCUCCGCCGGGCGCACCUUUGCCGUCUGCGGGCCACGCCAAUGGCAUUCCGGUGCCGGCAGUGGGCGUGCCGCAGCCACAGCUGGGUCAAAUACCCACACCCAAACCCGACAUUCUCACCGAGGACAAGCUGCAGGAGAAGGCGAUGAAGUGGCAGCAACUGCAGUCGAAGCGAUUCGCAGAGAAACGCAAAUUUGGCUUUAUUGACACACAGAAGGAGGACAUGCCGCCGGAGCAUAUACGUAAAAUUAUUCGGGAUCAUGGUGAUAUGACCUCUCGCAAGUAUCGUCACGAUAAGCGAGUUUACCUGGGUGCACUCAAAUACAUGCCGCAUGCUGUGCUGAAGCUGCUCGAGAAUAUGCCCAUGCCGUGGGAACAGAUCAGGGAUGUGCAGGUCCUGUAUCAUAUUACGGGUGCCAUUACCUUUGUCAAUGAGAUACCCUGGGUCAUUGAGCCAGUUUACAUUGCUCAGUGGGGCACCAUGUGGAUUAUGAUGCGUCGUGAGAAGCGCGAUCGUCGUCACUUUAAACGAAUGCGUUUCCCGCCCUUUGACGAUGAGGAGCCGCCGUUGGACUAUGCGGACAACGUUUUAGAUGUCGAACCGCUGGAGGCCAUACAAAUUGAGCUAGAUAACGAUGAAGAUAAUGCCGUCUACAAAUGGUUCUAUGAUCAUAGACCCUUAGUCGACACGCCGUUUGUGAACGGCUCCACGUACCGCAAGUGGAAUCUAUCUCUGCCACAGCUGGCAACCCUUUAUCGCCUGGCCAACCAGCUGCUGACUGACCUGGUCGACAAUAACUUCUUUUAUUUGUUUGAUCCAAAGAGUUUCUUUACCGCUAAGGCGCUUAACAUGGCCAUACCAGGUGGCCCAAAGUUUGAGCCGCUGAUCAAGGAUCACAAUGUUGGUGACGAGGACUGGAACGAGUUCAAUGAUAUAAACAAGGUUAUUAUAAGACAGCCCAUUCGCACCGAGUAUCGUAUUGCGUUUCCAUAUCUGUACAACAAUAUGCCACAUUUUGUGCAUCUAAGCUGGUACCAUACGCCCAAUGUGGUCUACAUCAAAACCGAAGAUCCGGACUUACCGGCCUUCUACUUUGAUCCACUUAUCAAUCCCAUUUCACAUCGCAAUGCCAAUUCUAAAAUCCAAGAGCCAUUGCCCGAUGAUGAUGAGGACUUUUCGCUGCCCGAUGAUGUGCAGCCCUUCUUGCAGGACACACCGCUCUAUACGGAUAAUACAGCCAAUGGCAUUGCGCUGUUGUGGGCACCGCGUCCGUUUAAUAUGCGCUCGGGACGUUCACGUCGCGCUAUCGAUGUGCCGCUGGUUAAAUGCUGGUACAAGGAGCAUUGUCCACCUGGUCAUCCGGUCAAGGUGCGCGUCAGCUAUCAGAAGCUGCUCAAAUACUAUGUGCUCAAUGCCCUGAAGCAUCGCAAGCCGAAGCCACAAAAGAAGCGAUAUUUGUUCCGCUCCUUUAAGGCGACUAAAUUCUUUCAAACAACCACCUUGGAUUGGGUUGAGGCUGGACUACAAGUGUGUCGCCAGGGCUAUAACAUGCUCAAUUUGCUUAUACAUCGUAAGAAUCUAAACUAUCUGCAUUUGGACUACAAUUUCAACUUGAAGCCGGUAAAGACGCUGACUACCAAGGAGCGUAAAAAGUCACGUUUUGGCAAUGCUUUUCAUUUGUGCCGUGAGAUUCUGCGCCUGACCAAACUAAUCAUCGAUUCGCAUGUACAGUAUCGUCUCAACAAUGUGGACGCCUUUCAGCUGGCUGAUGGCCUGCAGUAUAUCUUUGCACACGUUGGCCAGCUAACAGGCAUGUAUCGCUACAAGUACAAGCUAAUGCGACAGAUACGCAUGUGCAAGGAUCUGAAGCAUCUGAUCUACUAUCGCUUUAAUACGGGACCAGUGGGUAAGGGUCCUGGUUGUGGCUUCUGGGCACCGGGUUGGCGUGUUUGGUUAUUCUUUAUGCGUGGCAUAACACCGCUGCUGGAGCGUUGGCUCGGCAAUCUGUUGUCGCGUCAAUUCGAGGGUCGUCAUUCGAAGGGAGUCGCGAAGACGGUGACAAAGCAACGUGUCGAAUCACAUUUCGAUUUGGAGUUGCGUGCCUCAGUUAUGCACGAUAUUGUCGACAUGAUGCCCGAGGGCAUCAAGCAGAACAAGGCGCGCACCAUACUCCAGCAUCUGUCUGAGGCUUGGCGCUGCUGGAAGGCCAAUAUACCGUGGAAGGUGCCCGGUCUGCCCAUACCCAUUGAGAACAUGAUUCUGCGCUAUGUCAAAAUGAAGGCCGAUUGGUGGACAAAUACGGCUCACUACAAUCGUGAGAGAAUACGCCGUGGCGCCACCGUCGACAAGACUGUGUGCAAGAAGAAUUUGGGCCGUUUGACACGUCUGUAUUUGAAGGCAGAGCAGGAACGGCAACAUAACUACCUCAAGGAUGGCCCGUAUAUAUCGCCCGAGGAGGCGGUCGCCAUAUAUACCACAACGGUGCAUUGGCUGGAGUCCCGCCGCUUUGCACCAGUCCCCUUUCCACCCCUCUCCUACAAGCACGAUACCAAGCUGUUGAUUUUGGCUCUGGAGCGCCUCAAGGAGGCAUACAGUGUCAAGUCACGUUUGAAUCAAAGCCAGCGCGAGGAGCUCGGCCUGAUUGAGCAGGCUUAUGAUAAUCCCCAUGAGGCACUCUCCCGCAUCAAGCGUCACCUGCUAACACAGCGCGCUUUCAAGGAGGUGGGCAUUGAGUUCAUGGACUUGUAUAGUCAUUUGAUACCUGUGUACGAGGUCGAGCCACUGGAGAAGAUUACGGAUGCUUACUUAGAUCAGUAUCUGUGGUAUGAGGCAGACAAGCGCCGCCUCUUUCCGCCAUGGAUUAAGCCCAGCGAUACGGAACCACCGCCAUUGCUGGCCUACAAGUGGUGUCAAGGCAUCAACAAUCUGCAGGAUGUCUGGGAUGUGGGUGAGGGUGAAUGCAAUGUGUUGCUCGAGUCGCGCUUUGAGAAGCUGUACGAGAAGAUUGAUUUGACCUUGCUAAAUCGUCUGCUGCGUUUGAUUGUCGAUCACAACAUUGCUGAUUAUAUGACAGCCAAGAAUAACGUGGUCAUCAACUACAAGGACAUGAAUCAUACCAACAGCUAUGGCAUCAUACGCGGUCUACAGUUCUCUUCCUUUAUAACGCAGUACUACGGACUUGUUUUGGAUCUGUUGGUCCUGGGCCUGCAUCGCUCCAGCGAAAUGGCUGGCCCACCGCAGAUACCAAACGAUUUCCUAACAUUCCAGGACGCCGGCACAGAAACAGCGCAUCCCAUACGUCUUUACUGUCGCUAUGUGGAUCGUAUACAUUUGUUCUUCAGGUUCUCAGCUGAAGAGGCGCGAGACCUGAUCCAGCGUUAUCUCACCGAGCACCCGGAUCCUAACAAUGAGAACAUUGUGGGCUAUAAUAACAAAAAGUGUUGGCCACGCGAUGCGCGCAUGCGUCUGAUGAAGCAUGACGUUAAUCUUGGUCGUGCUGUCUUCUGGGAUAUCAAGAAUCGUUUGCCCCGCUCGGUGACCACCAUUGGCUGGGAAAGCACAUUCGUUUCGGUCUAUUCCAAGGAUAAUCCAAAUCUUCUCUUUAAUAUGAGCGGCUUCGAGUGUCGCAUACUGCCAAAGUGUCGCACCCAAAACGAGGAGUUCACGCAUCGUGAUGGCGUCUGGAAUUUGCAGAAUGAAAUAACCAAGGAGCGCACAGCUCAGUGCUUCCUGCGUGUGGAUGAUGAGUCACUGGGACGUUUCCAUAAUCGUGUGCGACAGAUUUUGAUGGCCUCCGGUUCCACGACAUUCACAAAGAUUGUCAACAAAUGGAAUACAGCGCUUAUUGGCCUCAUGACCUAUUUCCGUGAGGCUGUGGUCAACACACAGGAGCUGCUGGAUCUGCUGGUCAAGUGCGAAAACAAAAUACAGACUCGUAUCAAGAUUGGCUUGAACUCCAAAAUGCCUUCACGUUUUCCGCCCGUUGUGUUCUACACGCCCAAAGAGUUGGGCGGCCUGGGCAUGUUGAGUAUGGGUCAUGUGCUGAUUCCACAAUCCGAUCUGCGCUGGUCCAAGCAAACCGAUGUUGGCAUUACGCAUUUCCGCUCCGGUAUGUCGCAUGACGAGGAUCAGCUUAUACCAAAUCUGUAUCGCUACAUACAGCCGUGGGAGAGUGAGUUUAUUGACUCGCAGCGCGUUUGGGCCGAGUAUGCGCUGAAGCGUCAGGAGGCAAAUGCACAGAAUCGUCGGCUUACCCUGGAGGAUUUGGAAGACAGCUGGGAUCGUGGUAUACCGCGCAUAAAUACGCUCUUCCAGAAGGAUCGGCAUACGCUGGCCUACGACAAGGGCUGGCGCAUACGUACAGAGUUCAAGCAGUAUCAGGUGCUCAAGCAAAAUCCCUUCUGGUGGACGCAUCAGCGGCACGAUGGCAAACUGUGGAAUCUGAAUAACUAUCGCACAGAUAUGAUACAGGCGCUGGGUGGCGUGGAGGGUAUUCUGGAGCACACACUCUUCAAGGGCACAUACUUCCCCACCUGGGAGGGUUUGUUCUGGGAAAAGGCAUCCGGCUUUGAGGAGUCCAUGAAGUACAAGAAGCUGACAAACGCUCAGCGUUCCGGUCUUAACCAGAUACCCAAUCGUCGCUUUACACUCUGGUGGUCACCGACCAUUAAUCGCGCGAACGUCUAUGUGGGUUUCCAGGUGCAGUUAGAUUUAACGGGUAUUUUCAUGCACGGCAAAAUUCCCACGCUGAAAAUUUCGUUGAUUCAAAUCUUUCGUGCUCACUUGUGGCAAAAGAUACACGAAUCCAUUGUGAUGGAUUUAUGUCAGGUGUUUGAUCAGGAACUGGACGCCCUCGAGAUCGAGACAGUGCAAAAGGAGACAAUACAUCCCCGCAAGUCAUACAAAAUGAACUCAUCCUGUGCGGACAUCCUGCUCUUCCCAGCCUACAAGUGGAACGUAUCGCGUCCGUCGCUACUGGCGGACACCAAGGAUACCAUGGACAAUACAACCACACAGAAGUAUUGGUUGGAUAUACAACUGCGUUGGGGCGAUUAUGAUUCGCACGAUGUGGAGCGUUAUGCGAGAGCCAAGUUCUUGGAUUACACCACGGAUAACAUGUCCAUUUAUCCAUCGCCGACGGGCGUGCUAAUUGCCAUAGAUUUGGCCUACAAUCUGCACUCGGCCUAUGGCAAUUGGUUCCCCGGCUGUAAAACGCUCAUACAACAGGCCAUGGCCAAGAUUAUGAAGGCCAAUCCGGCGCUUUAUGUGUUGCGUGAGCGCAUCCGUAAAGCACUGCAGCUAUACUCCUCGGAGCCAACGGAGCCGUACCUGAGCUCUCAGAAUUAUGGUGAAUUGUUCUCGAAUCAGAUCAUUUGGUUUGUGGACGAUACGAAUGUGUAUCGCGUGACCAUUCACAAGACCUUUGAGGGCAAUUUGACAACGAAGCCGAUCAAUGGUGCCAUCUUCAUAUUCAAUCCACGCACCGGACAGCUCUUCCUCAAGAUUAUUCACACGUCGGUGUGGGCGGGCCAGAAGCGUUUGGGCCAGUUGGCCAAAUGGAAGACGGCUGAGGAGGUAGCAGCUCUCAUCCGCUCGCUGCCCGUUGAGGAGCAGCCCAAGCAGAUUAUUGUCACGCGCAAGGGCAUGUUGGAUCCACUCGAAGUGCAUUUACUUGAUUUCCCCAAUAUUGUCAUCAAGGGUUCGGAGUUGCAGUUGCCCUUCCAGGCAUGUCUCAAAGUCGAGAAAUUUGGUGAUCUUAUUCUAAAGGCCACCGAGCCACAAAUGGUAUUGUUCAAUCUCUACGAUGACUGGUUGAAGACAAUAUCCUCGUAUACAGCGUUCAGUCGUCUCAUUCUGAUACUGCGUGCCCUGCAUGUCAACACUGAGCGCACCAAGAUCAUCUUGAAGCCCGACAAGACGACCAUAACGGAAGCACAUCACAUUUGGCCCACGUUAACGGACGAGGAAUGGAUCAAGGUGGAGGUGCAGCUGAAGGAUCUCAUUCUCGCCGAUUAUGGCAAGAAGAACAAUGUGAAUGUUGCCUCGCUGACACAGUCCGAGAUCCGUGACAUUAUACUCGGCAUGGAGAUUAGUGCACCAUCCGCCCAGCGUCAACAAAUCGCUGAAAUCGAGAAGCAGACCAAGGAACAGAAUCAACUGACGGCAACAACGACGCGCACAACAAACAAACAUGGUGACGAGAUUAUCACCUCGACAACAUCCAACUACGAGACUCAAACAUUCAGUUCCAAGACGGAGUGGCGCGUCCGUGCAAUUUCCGCCACUAAUUUGCAUCUACGCACGAAUCACAUUUAUGUGAGCUCCGAUGACAUCAAGGAGACGGGCUACACAUACAUUCUGCCCAAAAAUAUAUUGAAGAAGUUCGUCACCAUAUCUGAUCUGCGCGCCCAGAUCGCUGGGUAUUUGUAUGGUGUCAGUCCGCCGGAUAAUCCGCAGGUGAAGGAGAUCCGUUGCAUUGUGAUGCCGCCACAAUGGGGCACCCAUCAGACGAUCAAUUUGCCCAAUGCUUUACCCACGCAUCAGUAUCUCAAGGAUAUGGAGCCACUGGGCUGGAUACACACGCAACCGAACGAAUUGCCGCAAUUGUCGCCGCAGGACAUAACGACGCACGCGAAGAUUAUGCAAGAGAACUCCAACUGGGAUGGCGAAAAGACAAUUGUCAUCACAUGCUCGUUUACGCCCGGCUCGUGUUCCCUGACUGCCUACAAGCUGACACCAUCUGGCUUCGAGUGGGGCUCCAAGAACACCGACAAGGGCAACAAUCCUAAAGGCUAUCUGCCGUCGCAUUAUGAGCGCGUCCAGAUGCUGUUAUCCAAUAAGUUCCUCGGCUUCUUUAUGGUGCCGGCGCAGAGCAGUUGGAAUUAUAACUUUAUGGGUGUGCGGCACGAUCCGAACAUGAAAUACGAACUGCAAUUGGCCAAUCCUAAGGAAUUUUAUCACGAACUGCAUCGCACAUCGCAUUUCCUGCUCUUCUCAAAUCUCGAGGAUGGCGGCGAUGGCGCCGGCGCUGAUCGUGAGGAUGUUUAUGCAUAAUUUACAACAACUGCGGGAGGACGGAUUAGUCACCAACAGAAAAUCGGAUAUGUAACCUGAGGACACUUUUAAUUCUUCUUCCUUCUAAGUGCAAACCAUUUUUUAUAACCCUGGAUAUCCUGAUUCAUUACAAUAAAACAAAAAUCAAAUUUAA